AUGAAAGAUCCAAAUUAUAAAGAUACUAAAGUUUCAUUGUCAAAAUCCAAGGAAUUCUUCAUACAUUAUCAGUUGUUGAUGUGGAAAAAUUUCUUACUUCGUAAACGACGCCCUGGAUUUCUCUUAGCUGAAAUCUUAGUCCCUUUGAUGAUCCCAAUUAUUUUAGUUGGAAUGCGAACUGAAUCACCACCAGUAAAUGAGAACACAUGCCAUGUUCGUUCAGUAAAUCUUCCAACAAUGGGUUUAUUCAGUUAUCUACAGUCCAUUGUUUGUAAUUUCCUUUAUCGUUGUCAUUCUAUAGAUCCUGAUAGCACUUCUCAACAGUAUAAUUACACUGUGUUUGGUAAUUUACUUGAGAAUAUUUCUAGUAUUGUUGGAGAUUUGUUGACUGAAAAUAUAACAAAAGAUUUUCAACAUUAUAAUAUUUCAAAUUUUUUAAAAUUUAUGAAUGAUCCCAAUAGUCAAUCAUUAAAACAAUUAAAAUUUAUUCUAUUCAAUAUUCAACAAAUUUAUCAAGAUAUUUUCAAUGAAUUAAUUUAUGAAAAUGAUAAUACAAAUGAAAGUAAUAAUCAUCAUCAUAAUGAUAAUAAUCGAUUAAAUGAAUUACAUAAUAAAACAAUCAAUUUUGGUAUAUUUAAUAUAACAAUCAAACAAAUUUAUUGGUUAUCAACUAUAUCCCGAUUUAUAUGCGGUACAAAAACAUCACAUUUAAAUGAUAUUGGCCAAUUAAUGGAAUUCAUAAAAGAUAUUGAUUUUACUAAUUUAUUUGAUAUUGAAAAAAAAUUAACCCGAAUUCAACGUUCAUUACCAUUAAUAACACCAAUGAAUUCUAUGAAUUCUAUCAAUAAUAAUUAUAAAAUUAAUUGUAUUUCAUUACAAAAAUUAUUACAUAAUAAAUUAUUUAUACAAUAUACCGGACGUAUAAGAUUUUUAUUAAAUGGUUAUAUAUAUUAUUAUCCUGUAAAUCAAUGGACAAAUGAAAUCAUGUAUAGAGUAAUGGAACCGCAACGUUUAUUAUUAUUCUUUAAAAAUACAUUAAAACAAUAUCAAUUACAUACUAAACCAAUUUUAAAUUAUUAUUUAUCCAAUACAUCAUUAUUAAUACAAGUUAGACAUUUAUUAAAUCUUUGUAUAUCACAUUUUAAUAAUCAUAAUAAUAAUAAUCAUACAAUAUUAUAUAAUACUAUUCGAAAUAUAUGUAUAAAAGGAUUAUAUUGGUUAAGUCCUGAAAUAAACAAUUAUACAAAUCAAACAAAUGAUUUAUUAAAUAAACCAAUUAUUUUUAAUCGAAUUAAUAAUAUCAUUGAUAUUAUGAUACAAUUAUUAGAUUGUUUUCCCUUAGCAACAAAUAUAUACGGUGUAAAUAAUGAAACAAAUUUUAAUUUACUUAUGGAUUUAUUUAAAUCACAAGUACAUCCAAUUGUUCAAGGUAUUAUAUUUAAUAAUACAAUAUUUUCAUUAACUAAUCAUCAUAAUUAUACAUUGGAUAUGUUAAAAAAUUCAUCAACUAUAGUAACAAUACGUCAAAGUUCCUAUCUUAUAGAUGAUACAAAUAAUUAUAAAGUAUUAGAUCAUACAUGGCAUCCAGGACCACGUAAUAAUGUAAAUGAUGGUGAUACAAAAUAUUUUACAAGUGGUUUUUUAGAUAUACAAGAUUUAAUUAGUAAUGCAAUUAUAGAAAUAUCUAAUAAUUUACCAGAACGUAUUCAACGUUUAAAUAAUUCAUGGAAUAUAUGGAAUACAUCAUCAUCUUCAUCAUCAUCAUCUUCAUCAUCGUCAUCAUCAAUGGAUUUAUUGAUUGGUAAACAAAUGAAAUUUUUUCCAACUACAUGUUAUAUAAAUGAUAAAUUUUUAUAUAAAAUAACAAAAUUAUUACCACAAUUAUUAAUUCUAACAUGGAUAUUAACAGCGAUGUUAUUAACAAAAUAUAUUGUAGAAGAAAAAGAAUUAUAUAUUAAAGAAUUUACUAAAAUUAUGGGUUUUACUAAUAUUAUACAUUGGUUUAGUUGGUUUAGUAGUACAUUUAUAGUUGUAUUACCUAUUACUAUCAUUAUUACAAUUAUAUUAAAAUAUGGUAAUAUUAUUAUAUUAAGUAAUAUAUUUAUUAUAUUUUUAUUAUUUAUAUCUUAUAUUAUAUCAAUUAUUAUGUUUUGUUUUUUAUGUUCAAUAUUUUUUUAUAAAGCUAAUUUAAGUGCUAUUAUAACUGGUUUAUUUUAUUUUAUAUUAUAUAUACCAUUACCAAUUAUAUUAAUGAAUGAAAAAUGGAUUACAGAAGAACUAAUUAUAUUUACAUCAUUAUCAAAUCAAGUAGCAUUUUGUUUAGGUUUAUAUUCAUUAUUAAGAUCAGAAUCACAAGGUUUUGGUACACAAUGGAAUAAUAUAUGGCAUAUUAAAUUAAGUGAUUCAUUAUAUUCACCUGGUAAAUGUAUACUGAUGUUAUGGAUUGAUUCUAUAUUAUAUUUAUGUAUAACAUUAUUAAUAGAAUGGAUUAUAUCAAACAACCAUUAUAUAUAUCAAUCAUUUUAUUCAAGAAUUAUAUAUCAAAACUGGAAGAUAAUCAAAAAGAAUCAUGAAAAGAAUCCUAUCGAUUCAAUGAAUAAUAAUAAUAAUAAUAAUGUUUAUGAAGAAAGUGGGAAAUUGCCAUUAUGUAUAGAAUCGAAUACAGAAUGUUUACCAAUUAGUAUAUCUGUAAAAAAUAUUAGUAAAAUUUAUACUAAAAAUAAUAAACCAGCAUUAAAUCAAUUAACUAUCGAUUUUUAUACAAAUCAAAUUACAUCAUUAUUAGGACAUAAUGGAUCAGGUAAAUCGACAUUAAUAUCCAUUUUAACUGGUAUUCAUAAACCAUCCAAUGGUACAGCAUAUAUUUGUGGUUAUAAUAUAUAUAAUCAAAUGAAUAUAAUACGUACUAAUUUAGGUUAUUGUCCACAACAUAAUAUCUUAUUUGAUUAUUUCACAGUUAUUGAACAUAUAAAAUUUUAUGCUAAAUUAAAAGGUUUUAAUAAUGAACAAAUGAAUAUAGAAAUACAAUAUUUUAUAAAAUUAUUAAAUUUAAAUGAUAAACUAAAUGAUCAAGUAAAAUAUUUAUCUGGUGGACAAAAACGUAAAUUAUCUAUAGCUAUAGCAUUUAUUGGUCAUUCAUCAAUUAUAUUAUUAGAUGAACCAACUACUGGUAUUGAUCCAUAUUCACGUAGAUCAAUAUGGGAUUUAAUUAUUAAAAUGAAAUUAAAUAAAACAAUUAUUAUAACAACACAUCAUAUGGAUGAAGCAGAUAUUUUAGGUGAUCGUAUAGCUAUUAUAUCACAAGGUCAAUUAAAAUGUUAUGGUUCUAGUUUAUAUUUAAAAUCAAUAUAUAAUCAAGGUUAUUAUUUAAUAUUAGAACGUCAAAAUCAAUCUAUAAAUAAUGAUUCUAUAGAAAAUUAUCAUAAUAAUGAUACAUUAAUCAAUGAACCGAUCAAUUAUAUCAUUAAUUAUUUAAAACAAUAUAUUAAUGAUAUACAUUUAAUUGAUUUUAAUCAAAAUGAAUUCAUAUUUCGUAUACCAAUCCAUAAUGUUAUUGAUAAUUCAUUAAGUCAUUUAUUGAAACAAUUUGAAAAUCAACAAUCUAAUAAUGAUCAAAUGAAAUUACCUAUUGAAUUAAUAUCACAUGGUAUAAUUAGUUAUGGAUUAACGGAUACUUCAUUAGAGGAAAUAUUUCUUAGUAUAGCGGAUGAUCCUGCAAUGUUAUCAAAGAAUUCAAAUAAUUCAUUAUGUGAUAAUAUUACAAUAACUAAUAAUCAAAAUGAUAAUCAAUAUGAAAUUGAUAAAAAUCAAAUCAAUACAUCAAUGAAUCGAAUACAAGAACAACAACAGCAAGAAACGUUAAUUGAUACUAAAUUACAUGAAUCACAUUUAACAGAUAUAGGCCAAAUUUCAUCAUCAUCAUCAACAACAACAUUAUUACGUCAUCUUAAUCGUAAACAUGAUUAUAAAAUAAAUAAAUUAAAACAAUCUAAUGAUAUAACAGAUAAUAAAUCAAUAUUAAAUGAAAAUAUACCAUUGCUACAAUCUAAUAUAAAACAACAAAUGAAAGCAAUGUUUAUAAAACGUUUACAUUAUUUUAAACGAUCUAAAUUAAGUAUAUUUAUUGAAUUUAUAUUACCUAUAUGUGUACUUAUUUUAGCAUUAAAAUCAUCACAAUUUUUUAUUAAAACAACAUCAUAUCAACCAAUGAUUAUAACACCAUGGCUUAUGAUAAAUGAUAAAAAUAAAUUACCAUUAAAUACAUUUUAUGAAAAUAAUUUAUAUGAAUUAAAUGAUCCAAUUGAAAAUAUAAUGAAUCAAUCAAAAUUAUUUAAAUCUAUAUUAAAUAUAGGAUGGAAUUAUGAGAAUGCAUUAAAAAGCCCAUUAGGAUGGACUGGUAUAGGUUGUUUAUCUAAAGAAACAUUAAGAAAUAUCAAUGGAUAUUAUAAAAUAUAUGAUCAAUGUAAUUUAUCUAAUAUAAAAAUAAUGAAAACAGAUUUAACUUAUAAUGAAAUGAAAUAUAUACGUUCUAUUCAAUCUAUUGAUUGUUCAUGUAAUUUAUCCUGUUUCAUAAAUAGUUAUACAUUGGCUCAUCAACAACCAAGUUUUAGAAUUUUACCAACUAAAGAUAUUUUCUAUAAUUUAACAUCAUUUAAAGUAUCAAAUUAUUUAAUAAAUACACAACAUCAAUAUAUAAGACAAAGAUAUGGUGGUUUAAGUUAUCAUACAUUAAAUUAUCCAUCAUUUCGUAAAAUGUUUAAAUAUUUAUUAAAUUCAAAUCAUUUAUUUAUACAUUUAUUAACGAAUACUACUAGUAUCUAUGAUAUACAUAAUAAUUUAAUUAAAAAAGAUACUUUCUGGAUUGAUUUAAUAACAUUUCUAAGAUUAUCAUUACCAUCUAUAUCAUAUUUACGUAUAUGGUUUAAUAAUAAAGGUUAUGUAUCUGGUCCAGCUUAUUUAAAUUCAUUACAUAAUUUACAAUUAAAUAUGUUAUUAAAUAAUUAUAAUAAUUUAACUAAUAUUAUAUUUAUUAAUUAUCCAUUAUCAUUAUCAAAUCUAAAUGAUAAUAGUUUAGGUUUAUCUAAAGAAUUAUUAAUUGAUUUAACAUUAUCAUUAUUUACAUUACUUAGUUUAUCCCUGAUACCAGCUAGUUUUAUAUCAUUUUUAGUGAAAGAAAAUAAUAUUGGUUCAAAACAUUUACAAAUUGUUUCAGGUUUAAAAUCAAUGAUCUAUUGGUUAACAUCAUAUUUAUGGGAUAUUAUAAAUUAUAUGAUAUGUGGUUUAUUAUGUAUUAUUAUAUUUAUUAUAUUUGAAAAAUUCGCUUAUAUUCAUUCAGAUGUUAUUUAUGCAUUUAUUUUAUUAAUUUUAUUAUAUGGUAUAGCUAUUAUACCAAUGUUAUAUAUGACAACAUAUUUUAUUACAUCAUCAAGUACAUCAUUAGUAAUAUUAUCUAUAUUUAAUUUAUUAAUUGGUUCUAUUACAUGUAUGUGUACUGUGAUAUUAGAUGAUUUUUCUAAAAAUAAUUUUUUAUUAGAAAUAAUUAAUAAUAUAUUAAAAUAUAUAUUUACUAUAUUUCCACAAUAUUGUUUAAGUCGUGGUUUAUUUGAUUUAGCUAAACGUUAUUAUAUUAUGAAUACUAUUAAACAAUAUACAACAAAUAUCAAGAAAUCAUCAUCAUCAUUAUCAUCAUUAUUAUGGAUAGAUUAUAAUACAAAUCCAUUACAUUGGAAUCUACUUGGUCAUAAAUUAUUUGCAUUAUUCAUUGAAGCAUGUUUAUUUUUUUUAUUUGUUUUAUUAAAAGAAAAUAAAUUUUUUAUACAAUCAAUUAAAUAUUAUUUUUAUAUUAAUUAUCCAAAAUUAUUCAUUAAACAUCAUAUGUUAUUAAUGAAAAAACUUAAUCAAAUGAAAUCGAAUUAUAAUGAUAAGGAUAAUGAUCAAAGUCAUCAUAUGAAUCAAUCAAUGAUUGAUAAUAAUAAUAAUGAAGAGGAUGAAGAGAAUAAUUCGGAAGAUGAAGAUGUACAUGCUGAAAGAUUACGUAUUUCAAAGGCUGACAAAGAAGGUUAUAUCAAUUCUCUAUGUUCAGUUGCAGUUAUUAAUUUAACUAAAUUUUUCCCUCGGAAGAAGAAACCAUCUGUUAAUCGUUUAACAUUUGGAGUUCGUCCAGGAGAAUGUUUUGGAUUACUUGGAGUAAAUGGAGCAGGUAAAACUACCACAUUUAAUAUGAUUACUGGCAAACUACAUCCAUCCAUGGGAACUGUAUAUGUCAAUGGAUUUAAUGUAGUUACACAAACUAAGAAUGCAUUGAAAAAUCUAGGAUAUUGUCCACAAUUUGAUGCUGUUCAUGAUCUUUUAACUGGUCGAGAAACACUUACUUUAUAUGCUCGUUUACGUGGUUUUCCUGAAAAACAAAUUUCUACAACUGUCAAUGAAUUAUUACAAAAUAUGGGUUUAUUACCAUAUGCCGAUCGUAUUACAUCAGUUUAUUCAGGUGGUAAUCUUAGAAAAUUAUCAACUGCAAUUGCUAUAAUUGGUAAACCACAAGUUAUAUUACUUGAUGAACCAACUAGUGGAAUGGAUCCAAUUGGUAAACGUUUUAUGUGGGAUCAAAUUAUAUCACUUAUUAAAGAUGGUCGAUCUAUUAUAUUAACAACUCAUAGUAUGGAAGAAUGUGAAGCAUUAUGUCAAUCAAUUGGUAUUAUGAUUAAUGGACAAUUAAAAUGUUUUGGUAGUAUACAACAUUUAAAAAAUCGUUAUGGUAAUGGUUAUCAUGUGGAAAUACGUUUAAAUCAUUUAAUAACAAUUGAACAAAUUAAUCAAUUAAAAAAUAAAUUUAAUAAAAAAUUUCCUCAUUCAAUAUUAAAUGAAUUACAAUCACAUUAUUAUGAAUAUCAAAUGAAUAAACAUAUUCAAUUAUCAAUAUUAUUUAAAUUAUUAAAUAAAAUGCAAUUCAAUCAUUAUAUUGAACAUUAUUCAGUAAAACAAACAACAUUAGAUCAAGUAUUUGUUAAUUUUUCACGUAAUACAAAUAAAUAAAUAAAUAAAUAAAACUACAAAUACUACUGAAUUAAUGAAAUAGAAUAUUGAAUGUUUUUUUUUUAAAAAAAAAAUAUAUCCCCUUUUAUUAUUUUUCUAUUGAGAUGCAUUUAUUUCAAUUGUAUUACGAUGCGGCAUAGUAACAUGAAUUGAUUUAUGUAUGUAUGUAUGUAUGUAUGUACGAAGUUCUAUGUUGUUGCUGACUGAUUGAUUAACUGAUUAUGAUCAUAUAACAAUCAUGAAUUGUAUAAGUGAUUCUUAAUAUUAUUAUGAAUUAGAAAUUAAUGAUAUUUACUAACUUAGUCAUUUACGCUUAUGACUCUUAAUGGAGUAUAGGCCGCUGUCUAGUAUUCUUUAAGUUACUUUGUUCUAAGUCUUCCUUUCUAUUUCUAUUUAAAUUUUUUUCGUUCAUUCUAUUCAUGUUUAUCUCUAUUUUUGGUCUUUCUCUUUACAUUUUUGGGGCUUUGAGGAGUCCAAGUCAGGGCAAAUCAAUAACAUAUAUAUAUAUACACACACACACAUAUAUAUAUAUAUAUGCUAAUAUUCUUGAACAUUCAAUUGCUUUUCUCUUUCUUAAAAAAAAGCAAACAAACAAUUUUGAUAAAAAUUUUUU